UCAUAUAUAUAUAUAUAUAUAUAUAUAUAUCUCCCUUAACUCUCUCUAGUAUGUAAAAACUCUAUCAUCAUAUAUAGUUCCUAACAAUAUUCUUUCCUCCUAUAAUGACUACAACCACCAAAAACUUAGUUUCCAAAUCCAAAAGAUGGUUUGAAAACAAGGGUCUUAAUAAGCUAAGCUUCAACCGUAGCAGCAGCAGCAGCAGUAAUCGCCGAUCAAUAACGACAAAGUCUUGCUCGUCGUCUUCUUCAUCAUCAAUAACAUCAUCAUCUUCUCCAACUCUCUGUUCGCCUAUCACGUGCCCGGCACGUGAUCAUGACACACGGCCAAAGACAAUAAGAUCGUCGUCAUUGUUAGGCAACAAAGAAGAAGAGCUCCGACUAGUUUUUGGUCAUUUUGACAGUAACGGGGACGGUAAAAUAAGUGCUCUCGAGCUGAGAUCGUAUUUUGGGUCGAUAGGUGAGUACAUGUCUCACGAGGAGUCUCGAGCUGUGAUCAAAGAUUUUGAUACGGACGGUGAUGAUUUGAUCGACUUUCAAGACUUCCUAAAGAUGAUCAAGAGAGAUGGUAGCGAUGAUCAUCAUCAUGGUCGUGGUGGUGAUGACCAUGGUGAUCUGAAAAAUGCUUUUGAGAUGUUUGAAUUGGAAAAAGGUUGUAUUACUCCUAAGAGCUUGCAGAGAAUGUUUGCUCGUCUGGGCGAUCACUCCAAGUCCUUCGACGAUUGCGCGGCCAUGAUUCGAGUCUUCGACACUGAUGGAAACGGUGUCCUUGAUUUCAAUGAGUUUCACCGAAUGAUGACCUAAUUAAUAAUAAUAAUAUCAUUAUUAAGAUAAUUAAUUAUCGUUCGAAUAUGUAUAAUUUUGUGAUGAGUUGUGUGUGUACUUCUUAUAUUGGUUUUUUUCUUAAGAAAACGCAGAAUCAUUUGAAUCUUAGAUCACAUAAUUCCACGCACACUUAAGAUACAACCACUGGCCGAGUCUUCCAUUAUGUACCACUAAAUAUUACCAUGACGUAAAUACCUGCAUAUUCAAUGAUAAAUGAACUCCUUAAAUUCAAAAGAACAGCUAGCUAGUCGCCAAAUAUAUUGUGUAUAUAUACGUAUACCAUACGUAAAUAGGUUAUAAAAAUACACUUUUAUGCCUUUCUCGUGAAGUUUGUUACAUAAUAAAGCAUUGCUUGAGCUUUGA